ACGGGGCGCGCAGGCGCCCUCGCGUUCGGGCCGGCGCCCCCGGGCCUGUGGGGCCGGCGGCUGGCUCCGUCCGGCCGCUGCGCGCUUUCUCCUCGGGUUACCGACGCGGAGCCGGGGACCCGGCCCUCCCGUCGCAGACUGUCAGCAGCCGUCCCGCAGCGGCCGCGCAGGGGCAGAGAGAAUGCCAACCGGCCGGGGCCUACUGUGGCUUGGCCUGGUCCUGGGCUCCGUCUGCGCCAUCCUGGGGACCGGAGCGCCUGGCAGCUCGGCCACAGAUGCUCUGAAUGUCCUUCUAAUCAUCGUGGAUGACCUGCGCCCCUCCCUCGGCUGUUAUGGGGACACGCUUCUAAGGACCCCAAACAUCGACCAACUGGCGUCUCACAGCCUCCUCUUCCAGAAUGCGUUUGCCCAGCAAGCAGUGUGUGCCCCGAGCCGCGUGUCCUUCCUCACCGGGAGGAGACCAGACACCACCCGCCUGUAUGACUUCAACUCCUACUGGAGAGUGCAUGCUGGAAACUUCUCCACCCUCCCCCAGUACUUCAAGGAGAAUGGCUACGUGACCAUGUCGGUUGGAAAAGUCUUUCACCCUGGAGUAUCUUCCAAUCAUAGUGAUGAUUCUCCAUACAGCUGGUCUGUUCCGCCUUAUCAUCCCUCCUCUGAAAAGUAUGAAAACACCAAGACAUGUAGGGGGCCCGAUGGACAGCUCCAUGCCAACCUGCUUUGCCCCGUGGAUGUGGCAGAGGUGCCUGAGGGCACCUUGCCUGACAAGCAGAGCACCGAGCAAGCCGUACGGUUGUUGGAAAAGAUGAAAACGUCAGCGAGUCCUUUCUUCCUGGCCAUUGGGUAUCAUAAGCCACACAUCCCCUUCAGAUACCCCAAGGAGUUCCAGAAGUUGUAUCCUUUGGAAAGCAUCCCGCUGGCUCCCGAUCCCCAGGUCCCUGCUGGCCUCCCUCCUGUGGCCUACAACCCCUGGAUGGAUAUCAGGCAGCGGGAGGAUGUCCAGGCCUUAAACCUCAGUGUGCCCUAUGGCCCAGUUCCUGUGGACUUUCAGCGGAAACUCCGCCAGAGCUACUUUGCCUGCGUGUCGUACUUGGAUACACAGGUCGGCCUCCUUCUGAGCGCUUUGGAUGCUCAUCAGCUGGCCGACAGCACGAUCGUUGUGUUUACCUCGGAUCAUGGGUGGGCUCUAGGUGAACAUGGAGAAUGGGCCAAAUACAGCAAUUUUGAUGUCACUACUCGUGUGCCACUGAUGUUCUAUGUUCCUGGAAGGACAGCUCCACUUCCUGAGGCAGGAGAGAAGUUUUUCUCUUACAUCGACCCAUUUGAGUCCAUCUCGGAAUUGGUGGAACCAGGCCGGCAAGUUGUGGACCUCGUAGAACUUCUCUCUCUCUUCCCCACGCUCGCAGCACUGACGGGACUGCACGUUCCACCUCGCUGCCCUGUUCCCUCCUUUCACGUCGAGCUGUGCCGAGAAGGCCAGAACCUUUGGAAGCAUUUUCAAUUCGAUGACCUGGAAGAGGACACGUAUCCCCAUGGUAACCCCCGUGAGUCGAUUGCAUAUAGCCAGUACCCCCGGCCUGCAGACUUUCCUCAGUGGAAUUCUGAUAAGCCGAGCUUAAAAGAUAUAAAGAUCAUGGGCUAUUCCAUUCGCACAAUAGACUACAGGUACACUGUGUGGGUUGGCUUCAGUCCCCAUGAAUUUCUGGCUAACUUUUCUGACAUCCAUGCAGGGGAACUGUAUUUUGUAGCUUCUGACCCUUUGCAGGAUCACAACAUGUAUAAUUACUCCCAGGGCAGAGACCUUCCUGGACCACCGAGGCCUUGAGUUUUGCCAACUACCCAGAGCGUAUAUUACGCACUCCCUUCCAGCUGGUGAGAGAAGGCGUUAGAGCUGGUUGUUUUGUGAUUACACAUAAUAAUGGAAGCAACCUGAGGGGUAGGCAGUCAAAACAUGCAUCAACAAUUUGGUCCAGAGUACGUAACCGCCGAACCUCUUGAUUUUUGUCUUUAUUAAUUUCUGAUUGGUCUAAUUGCAGUGGGGCCGGGCUGAACCUUUCUUUCCUUUUGAUAAAACCGUCAUAGCUUACGUACUGAAUGAGUGAGUACAAAGUGAGCACGGUGAAAUUGUCGUACCUUUAUGACAUGUUAAGACCGUAAUAGCCAGACAUAGCCCUGUACUCAAGAAAGACUUGGAUUAUUUGUGGUACUUAGUGCAUGUCAAAAAGUGAUCAUCUAUCAAACUAGAGUGAACACUAAGUUCCUGGUUCUUUUGCUUAUGAUUUAAUAAUUGAGCCCAAUAUAUUCAACACAUGUCAACAUUUAUAAUUCACGUUUCUUUUAACAUGUAAAGUUAAAUAAUAAUGCUAGAUAUCAAGGUCUUAACGUUUUAUCUUCAGUUUUUGUUUCUAAGAUUGCAAAGUUUCAAAAUCCUAAGCAGGAUUAUGCAUGAAGUGACUCAUGUGGAAUUUCCACAUCAAAUAAUAAAUAAUGUAAACUAGUGAACUAGGGGCAUGUGAUGUAUGGGACAUGUAGGUAAAAUUUUCCAGAGAUUUUUUUGACCCAAAUCAUAAUUUGUUAUAAUAUGAUCGUUGAACCCAAAGGCCACCUAAGAAAAGGCACUGUUAUUCACAAUGGCAAACAUUCAGAGAAUUGAGCCACUCAAAACCUUGUGAGUGUUCCGUAGCGAUGGUUGGCUGCAGACAUUCAUUUAUCUAGGGGGCAAGAAAUACUCUUUCAGUUGAUGAUUAAAGACAACAUCAAUUUCAAGAAAGUCUAAAUUAUUUUGAGCCCUGUGAAAGCUUUUCAUGAGUAUAAUAUUUGGUUAUUUCUAAUGCCCCAGAAUGUAGUUCUGUAGUGCCCGGAUAUGAAAGUAUCCAGAAAGGUAGGUGGUAGUAAUAAGCUUAGCUUAUGUUAUCUUAAAACUGGUGGAAUAGUCACAGCUCAUUUUGACAUGUUGAAGCCAGUCAGUUAUCAGUAGUCGUCAGAAGGGUCAGCUGCUUUCUAAAUAAACAUUUAAUGCAGUCCUGCAUCAAAGUAAGUUUUAGGAAUUCUCUCUUUAUGAGUGCUUCAGUCUUUAAAGGUAAAUGUUUGUAAAACAAAAAUAUAGCAAAUGAGGUUAAGUUACUGCAGUGUUUUAAGGUGGAACCAAAAAAGACAAGAUAAUGUAUUAGAAGAUUCCUUCAAAUCAGUAAAAUUUCAGAUUGUUUUUUUUUUAAUCCCCCGCUGGUUAGCCCGCAAUCGGGGUACAUAUAGUAACCCUUGAUCUUCUAAGUGAUGAAGUGAUUUAGUAGUGUGGCAACAACAAUUUCUGCUUGAGACCCCCUUCGUCUUUCCUCAUCCUGAAGCUUGUCUCUCUUCCAGAAGCCUCAGCUUUGCUUGUAGCUGGCUUCCCUCUGUCUUUUCUUUCUCCUUUCUACUCGUUAUCACUCUCAUCAUUUCCACUAAGACUUUAACAAUCCUGUCUGUAAAGUCCUCAUGACGUAUUUUCAGUGUAUUUAGCUUUAUCUCCUACUGCACAGUUAAAGUUUUACCACAGGCUCUUAUUUCACAUCCAUUUGUUGCUCCUGUUGGCUCUGAUAUGUAUACUUGAUCAUUUUUUUCUCGCUUUAUUUCUUGAAGCACAGUUUUAGUAUCAAAAAUCUCCAAGUUCUUCACUUGCUGAAGUUGUAAGCUGAGAGCUGUGCCAGAGGAGGCUGAAGUGACAUGCACGUCAGAUAUGCAGCUGCCACGUUGGCAGUGGUUCACCAGAGCCACAACGGGUCCGGGUCUACACGGGGCACUACCGUGCGUUGGUGUGUCUCUACUGGAAGCGCUCCUGUCUCUUCUUUUCUGUGUGAGAACACAGCCUCAGAGCACUUCCAGCGCUCCUUAGGUUUCAGUUUUGCUCAGCCCCCCCUUACAAACCUCUCCUUUUAGAAGCAAGGGCUGUAUUUCACACCUGAUGGCAUGCUCUUCUAAAUCAUCUUACGGGUUAUGGCUUCUUUUUGUGUGUUUGACACUGAACCCAAUUUGGAGCCCCUUUUUGUGUCCUUUGGCAUGUCUGCAACCCGUUGGGAUGAACAGCCUCUUUGUAGUUUUCAGAUGUCAGAGCUGACUACCUUCCUUAUCUUGACUUGGCUUAGAGAGAAACCGCAUCCUCGUUGCUUCGCAUAACCUUUCUCCAGUACCGCUUAGCUGGAAAUGUUUUAUGAAUAGCUCUCCAUUCACUGAUUGUGGAAAACUCACCCAUUUCACUUGAGCAGGGGUGCUUUUAUGCAGUUCAGUUGAAACCAGAACUAGUGAUCCCAGACAUUUUGAGUAGCCCUAAUGCAGAGACCCGCAGCUGUCAGGUUCACUGGAACCACCUCACCGGCUUGUUAAAACCCAGUGUGCUGGACCCUCCGCUCAGAGGUGCUGAUUCAGUACCGCUGGGGUGGACCUGACAAUUUGCAUUUCUUGUCACUGUGCCCGCAAAGACCACACUUUGAGAACCACUGUCCCUAGGUGUGUGCCAAUUUUCGCAUUGACUAAAUUAAUUAAAAUGAAAUAAACAUUUCAAAAGCAGAGUCUCAGUGCUCUUGCCAUAUUUCAAGUUCUUAAUAGCUGCAUGUGGUUAGUGGCUGCCAUACUGGGCAGCACAGGUCUAGCAUCUUUCUGUCAGGGCAGAAGGUUGGUUGAACAGAGCUGUCCUAGACUGACUGAACUUGAGCUGGAUCCGCCUGACUAUUGGCGAGUUUUUCCUGUGGGCUGACCUUCUACCCUGUGUCUGCCCAGAAAGACUGGUCUGGAGGUGAGUGAAGGAUCCUUGGUUUAAGCAGAGCGUAGGGCAUUCACUCUGGCAAUCAGCCUCUUCCUCUCCACUCCGUGGCCAUCACCCCAGCCCUUCUUACCUCCUUCCCCAGUAGCUUACCUCCCCUCCUCUUUCCUCCCUUGACCCUCCAGAAUCCACGUGUCUUCCUGAAAAUCCCCUUUGAUCCUGCCCUUUGAGAACACCGUCAGUGCCUACUACCAGGUCCACACAGACCUUCACUGAGCAGUCAGAGUCUUCCCUGACUCCACAAGUCCCCUUUCCUUGGCUGACCAGUUUGAGUACUGGUCCCUGACUCUCCCUUGCCAGUUCCUGCCUCCCCACUCACCUUCCUUGUCCCCACCCCCGUCGUCAUCCAUUCAUGACCAUCCUUCACACUCUGCUCCCAGGCCCCCACCUUCCAGAGGCUGAGGGCUUGUGAACCUAGACUAUAUGGUGGGAUGAAAUGAACAUCACUAAAGGACCUUGUGGUCACCUUACUUGAAAAGCAUAUUUUUUUUCUGAUCAUAAAAUUAAUGUGCCAAUUAUAGAAAAACUGGAAGACGGAAAUGUAGUAAAUGCUGAGAGAACGCAUCCGUCUUUUUUACCCCAAGGCAGUCACUUAAUAUCUUGUCUUUUUUGGGGCGUGAAAUUUUUACGUUGCUGUGAUCAUACUCUAUGCUUCCUCGUGAAUUUUUUUAUUCUUACUUCUUCAGUAAGUAUUGUAUGUGAUAGAUUUUUGCAGAGAUACUUUAUGCUGUUACUAAUACAUUUUGUUGUGCAGUUUUAUCGUAAUUUACUUGACCUUCUUUCAAUUAGUAGGAAUUUAGAUUAUUUCCAAAUUUUCAAUAUUGUAAAUAAUGCUAUGACGAACAACUUUGUGAAUAAAGUGUUUUUAUGUAUUUCACAUUACUCCCUUAGGCUGGCCUCUCAGUACCAAAUUGUCAAAAGCUUCUCUAUUUUGACCCCUUUCCCCAUUCUCCUGCUACCGUCAGAGAGUCAAAUUAAAAAUAAAGCACAUACAUAUUUGAUAUCUUGAUCUGGACAGUGGAAAAAAUAAAGCAAACAAGCGUACAAAUAAUUAAAAUCUUCAAACCAAGCCCAAACCAACCACCCCUGAUGAGAACAGGUGAACAAGUGGCAUCCUGCUAUCCCUUCGAAUGCUUUGCUUAUUUGUUAGUGACCUUGAUCAUCGUUGUCGCUGUAUGGUUGUUGGGCAUUUGUACUUCCAGUUGUGUGAAUCUGCCUUGAAGUUUUGCUUAUGGGUUUUACUCUUUAAGUCAUGAAAACAAAUGACUCUUUUCCUAUUAAACAUGGGGACCCCUCCCAGUCUGGAGAUCAAAUAAAUCCUCACUUCCCUUUGCUU